AUGGUCCAAUUCUCCUUCAAGUCCUCCUGGGCUCUCCUCCCUCUCCUCGCUUCCCAAACCCUAGGAUGCGGCCCCAUUGAAAGAGCCGACAAUGACACUUCAGAAUACCCCAAGAACCACCUCGGCAGUGAUGCCGCCUCUGAUCCCGCCACGAUUGGCUACAAUAUCAACCAUCUGUGCCUCAACGUCAGAAACCUGACAGCCAGCAUGGACUUCUACUCUCGCGUCUUCGGCCUCCGAGAGCUCUUCCACCUCGAGGUCACAGAGAGCUACACCAUCGCCUACAUGGGCUAUAGCCACGGCGGCAAGAACGGAACAGGCUACCAGACCGCAUUGGAGCUCAACCGGGAGAAGAACAACGCCCAAGGCCUCCUCGAGCUCAUCCACAUCGACGUGCCAGACAACUACCUCCCCUCAUCCGGCGAGCAUCCCAACACCUUUGGUCACGUCGGCAUGAUCGUCCCCGAUAUUGAAGCCGCCCAGGCACGCCUCGACACAUUCCCCGAUGUCAGAAUCCUCAAGCGCACGGGAGAACCACUGUCCUUCGGUACUGAGAUUGGCAAUGCGACCAGCCUUUCCCCAGCUGUCGUGGCACAGCUCAAGCCUGUGGAGCAGGCUGCUCUGAUCAAGACCCUGAGCCAGCUGAACUCGCCUCUCAUCUACGUGACUGACCCCGAUGGAAACCUGGUCGAGCUGCAGCCCCAGAACUAG